AUGGUUGACCGUGAGAGAAAACUGAUACGAGAUCUAAAGCAGUGGAAGUUUCGUUAUCCUCCAAAUUAUGCCGAACUGCCUAUUAGUGAUGAACCAAAAUAUAACGUACCUGUUGCCGUGAAAAAUUCUGUAUUUUCUAAGGUACCCACAGAACCUCUCAUUGGGAAACUUCACCUAGUGUGUACAUCGGAAGAUGCUAUGACAGACAUCUUAGACUUACAUCCAGAGGUUGCGGAAACUGAAGAGUUUAUUGAUUUUGUUGCUGGGAAGUAUUUGCCAAACGGAGGGCUCACUGUUUGUCAUAGAUACGGUGGAUAUCAGUUUGGAUAUUGGGCUGAUCAGCUAGGUGAUGGAAGAGCUCAUAUCCUUGGAGAGUAUAUUAACAGCAAAGGUGAAUCAUGGCAACCACAGUUAAAGGGUUCCGGUGAGACACCAUAUUCCCGCUUUGGCGAUGGCCGUGCAGUUCUUCGCUCGUCUAUUAGAGAGAUGAUUGCUUCAGAAGCGUGCCACUACCUCGGCAUCCCCACCACGCGUGCCGCUGCUUUGGUGGUGAGCGACGAUCACAAAGUGUGGCGCGACAGAGCAUACUGCGGCACGAUGCGAGAGGAACGCGCCGCGGUUGUGAUGCGACUCGCACCGGCCUGGUACCGACUCGGCUCUUUCGAGAUACUCUUGAAGAGGAACGAACCCCACACUAUGAAACAGCUGGCUGACUUCGUUAUAAAGCACCAUUUCCCUGAUGUCGCGAUAGAUGACCCCGACAAAUAUGUAAAGUUGUAUUUGGAAGUGGCUUACCGAAAUCUGGAUAUGGUCGCGACUUGGCAAGGGUUGGGCUUCACGCACGGAGUGUUAAAUACGGACAACAUCAGCGUGUUGGGCUUGACCAUUGACUACGGUCCCUUCGGUUUCGUGCAACACUACUACGAACACUAUGUGCCCAAUACUUCUGAUGAUGCGGGGAGGUACGCCUUCAACAAGCAGCCCGGUAUAAUCCUCUGGAACCUGGAGAAGUUCGCAGAAGCGCUCGCUCCAAUACUGACAGACGAUCAGAAGAAGAAGAUAAACGAUAUAAGAGCACCUUUAGAAGCUUAUGUUAGGGAGAAGAUCACGCAAACGUAUCUCAAUAAACUCGGCCUUGAACAGUGCCGUGAUGGCGACGCUGCAUUGGUGAAGGAACUGCUUCAGCUGAUGCAGCAGACUAUGGCUGACUUCACGUCCACCUUUAGACAAUUGGCUGAGGUGGAAGUGUCCCAGCUGUUAGAUGCGACCACGCUCGAGAGCAAGUGGUCUUUAGCGAAGGUUAGCAAAGCCUCCCAGUGGGGGCAGUGGGUGCAGAAGUAUCGAGACAGAUUGGAACAAGAAAAAGUGAGUGACGAAAACAGAAGAACACGAAUGCUCAAAGUAAAUCCCUUAUACGUGCCGAGUAACUGGAUACUUCAGGAGGCGAUAGCUGACGCUGAGAAGAAUGACUUUGGAAAGGUGCGACAUCUAUUAAAGAUUUUCAAAAACCCUUAUGAAGUCAAUGAAGAGGCUGAGAAACUAGGAUACUCCUCGCAGCCGCCCAAUUGGUCAUUUGGGCUGAAACUAAGUUGCUCAAGCUAA